CAGUAACUUGUAUAAAUACCCAAAGCCCUCCAUCAGAGCUCUCACCCAACCAAUUCCAACGAUUUCUUGAAUUCGUUUGAUCACAAAAACACCUCCUCCUCCAUUUCCAUCGCAUCUUUUCAUCUUUUAAGUUUUCUUUGAUCUAAAUAUUCAACUGGACUUGAUGGCUGACCCAAAUAGACCUGGUCACCCACCUGCACCGGCUCAUGGCAGAUAUCCACCUCCACCUCCACCUGUACCGGCUUAUGGCAGUGUGUACCCACCUGCACCUCUUUAUGGUGGCGGAUACCCACCUGCUCAUGGUUAUGGUGAUUACCCACCUGCGCCGGCUUAUGGCGGAUAUCCACCUCCACCUGCACCGGCUUAUGGCAGUGUGUACCUACCUGCACCUCUUUAUGGCGGUGGAUAUCCACCUGCUCAUGCUUAUGGUGGAUACCCACCUGCUCAUGCUUAUGGUGGGUACCCACCUGCGCGGGCUUAUGGUGGGUAUCAGAAUCGUCCUAUCAUUCCUGGAAUUGCGGCGGCGGCUGGAAUUGCGGCGGCUGGGAUCGGGGCUGCAAUCACUGAUAAUUUGUUUGAUUUUCACCAUCACCAUCACCAUCAUUUGUUUGCUAAUGGUGAUAGUGAUAGUUAUGGUGAUGGUGAUGGUGAUGGUGAUGGUGAUGGUGACGAUUUCUGAAUCUAGUCCUAGGGUUGUUUUAUGCUUCGGAUUCAGAAAGUGGAAAGGGUGUGAUAUUUUAUAUAUGUUUCAUGCUUAAAACAAAAAGGGUUUGUUUUUAUGUUUCGAUAGUAUGAAUGUCUUUCUUAUGAUUGUAUCGGUUUGGACGGAGACAGAGGAGAAGGAAAUAUGGUCACUUCCCUCUUUACUGUUCCCCAUCUAAAACCUACAUAUUAGGUCUAGAAGUUCAAACUUUGUAUUUUCUUUUCAAAAGUAUGUAAUUUGAUUGUUGGUUAUGAAUAUAGAAGUAUGGUUUUGUGUUUG